AUGUCUCAUCCUUGGCUUGUUAAAGAACAAGACCGGUGCAACUAUGGUCUUCAAUGGCAGCAAGUAAUUGCUACCAAUCAAGCAGCAAAUGUCGUCCUCGGUCCACACAACUUUCAUUAUCCUCCAGAGAAAAAUGUGUUCGCUGUUCACGGUCAACAAGAUCAGCAAUACAUUCAAGAUUUCGAAACCAACAUUCGCUCCUCGCUCAAAGAUUUUCUGGUCUCGGAGCUAUCUGACUGUACGUGGACCUUGAAUAUUCUUCGACUUGGCUUCGAAAGUAAUAGAAGCGAUAAUCCGAUUGUUAUUCAUCUAUUCAUUCAAACCCCAGAUUACUUCCUGGAUGCUGAAAACAACAGAGACAUUGAAAACAUUAAAAGCAAUGCGAUUAAGGUCCUGGAAGGAAUGAAUAAGAUUAUCUCCCAAAAGAAGAAGACUUCUGAGAAGUGCUUCAUCGACAUUUGUCAAAUUAAAAACUCGACACUUAGAUGCUCCAAGAUUAACCAAGAGAAUGGUGUCGAUUUGAAGAACAACUUUGAAAGCUUGUAUACCAGUUACACACCACGUCCUGGCAUCUCAAUUGGACGCACAGAACUUGACACUGCAGGUUCCCUCACAGGGUUUUUAUGCCACAAUAAUGACACAUACGCUCUCACGUGCAGACAUGUUGCUUUGCCAGGCAAAGAUUUCCGAUCAGGAUACAAGUUUCGAGAUGAAGGACAAGAAUUUCAGAUAUCUAUACCCGCUAUCAAAGAUCACGAAGCCACCAAGAUAAAAAUGAAAAUUGAUCUUGAUAACAUCACUACAGAAAUCGCAAACGAUCUGUUGGAACAAGUAAAACAUCCCUAUGGAGACUAUGGAUUGCAGAAUCAAAUCAAAAAACAGGAACAAAAUGUCUAUGCCUUUAACUAUGACAAAGCCUUACAUCACCGCACUGAUGCUGGUCAUGCUUAUGUGGCCCCGGAAGAAUGGCGCAAAGUUCCAUACUACAAUGGAGUUCUCGAUUGGGCCAUUAUAGAUAAUAUCUGUACUGAUCACAAUAACACAUUGCCUCGAACCUAUUUUCUCAGAAAAGCCGAGAUCUCCAGAUUGAUCAAGCGCAAACAAGCGGACGAUUGGUCUUCCAGCCAGUACGAAGCUUUUAUUGCAAAGUGUCAGACGUUAGAAAAAUCAACUAGAUUUGAUAUCAAGAAUCCAAGCUCAUCCUCGGCGCUAUUCACAAAUAGAAUUUACUUCAAAGCACCAAGUCGAACAUUGGGUUGGAAGGCGUGCGAAAUGAAUGGCAUCAGAAACAUAAAUCACAGAAAUGGCCAUGGAGUGUCAGAGGAAUGCGUAUUUGUCGGCGAAGGCUACCAGGGGGCGAUACCUGACGGAGGCGAUUCGGGCGCUCUAAUCUACGAUAUCGACGUUGACACUACGAAUGUUGAGGAGCCCACUGCGGCUCUCAUGCCAAUGGCUAUGAUUUGGGCUGGUGAUAAUUAUGGAACAAUUGUUUCAGGUUUCCAGGAUGUUACAUAUGCGACUCCCAUCGGCGCAGUGUUGAAGGAUAUUGAGUGUGAAAUGGGAUGGGAUGAGGGAAGUCUUAAAUUUUGCUAA